AUGAGUCAACCUCAUGGAUCUUCCAUCGUAAGCAAAGACAAUCCAAAUCAAGCUCCCAGCCAAAAUACAUCCAAUGUAUUUACAGAUUUAUUGUUCUCAACCUUUUACACUGUCAUUGGAUAUGUUUGUCUAGAUGUCGUAUUUGGUAUCAGUUUGCAUUACAUUGCACAACACAACGAUCGUUACUCAGUGGCUGGACUAGGAUUUGCUUAUACAAUAGUAAAUGUGUUGCUAAUUCCAAUGGCCUUUGGUAAUUCAUCAUCUAAAGUGAAAUAGGAACCAAUCAAUCAUUGAAUGUGCAUUCUGCUCAGGCCCUGGGAGCAAACAAACCCAAGCUGGCUCAAACAUAUUUUACAUUAACCACCCUCAUACAUUUACUGUACUUCAUCCCCUUCUCAGGUAUGUCCUAAUCACACAUUUUUCAUAGUUAUUCUCAUAUUGAUCAAACCAAUCAUAGCAUUAACAAUUAAUGAAGAAGACAGACAAGCUACUUCUGAUGCCUCCUAACUCUAUUUGUAUUACUUGCUCCCCUCAACUCUCUUUGCCAUUCUUUAUGAAUGCAUCAAAAGUUUCUUAAUUUCAAAUAAAGUAUAGUGAGACCUUUUUAAACUAGAUCUUUGCUGUCUUCAUGUACAUCCAACUGUUUACAGCUCUCAUCCAUAUUUUCUGGUGUGAAUUAUUCAUAACCUAUCUAAACGUAGGUGGAGGAGUUCCAGGAGCGGGUUUAGCCAUUAUCUGCACCGAAGCCCUCAAUCUAAUACUUUGUAUCUUGGUAAUCCUUUGUACUAAAUAUCGAAAAAAAGUAUUCUCCAAUUACAGAUUCAAAUUUUCAUUAAAGAGACAGAAGAAGAUCUUUAAAAGCUUUUUGAAGGAGUCUUUCCCUAUUAUAGCACAUAUCUAUGCUGACUUUUUCGUAUUCUUUCUCUUGAGCUUCAUCGCUGUUGGAUUCGGGUCUGAUGAAUUGUAUGCCUAAAUGGCUCUGUCAAACACAUCAACAUUUUAUUACAGAUUUCCGAUGUCCUUAUCUUUGGCCUUGAUGACUUUUGUGGGCAAUGAAAUGGGUUCCCAGAAUCUCAAAAGAGCUAAACGCUACUCCUUAGUUGGUACGGUUUUAUUUGUUGGAUUCACAACCAUCUUUAUGGUUACAUUGACUUUCAUCAAGGAGCAAUGGGUUGACUUUUAUUCUGCAGGAAGAUAAGAGAUCGAUGAUAUAAUGUUGGAGGUAUACCCUAUUUUUGUAUUUGGCUUUUUUAUUAUUGAUGGUUUACAAGGGACUUUGACUGGGAUUCUAAAAGGAAUUGACAGGAAAGACUUUGUGACAUAUUCUACUCUAUUAGUGUACUAUUUAAUUGGAAUACCGUUGUUUCUAUAUUUUGCCUGCGAUUUUGGUCUAGGUCUGAAGGUUUAUGGCAUAUGGCUAUCCUUUAGUUUAGUAAACGCACUUUUGGCUGUUUUGUAUAUCAUUUUGACGUUUACCACAAACUGGGACAAAAUGAGUUAACAAAUUUGCUUAAGGAUUGAGAAAUAACAUGCGAUGUAAAAUCUGCAUGAUUCUUUGGAUAAGGUUUAGAUAGACAAGGAUACGAAAGAAAAGAAGAGCAAGAAGAAGAUCAAAUAAACUAAAGUAAGGAUAUAAUUAUAAAAAUUUAGAACAACAAUAAUAAAUAAAAUUAAUAUGAAUAAGCUUCAUCCUAAAAUAAUUAUUAAAGGUUGAUAGCAAAUCAAGUUAGAUUAAGAGGAUCAGAUAAUGAAGGGCUGUAGUAUAGUCUCUAGGAAACAGAACCAAUAAAGCGACAAAAAAUAGUAAUUGUUGAUCAAUUGACAAGUCUUUCUUGA